UCCCACCAGCCAAUCACAUCAACACUACUGAAAAUCUUAGUAGGCUAGCUACGCAUUUAAAAGACAACAUAAGGACGGACUAUUUAUUGCAACAAAUCCAAAGGCUACGCACUUAGCUAUGGACGUUUGAUUGAUAACCACUCUGCCCUUCAUCUAUUCUUUAUCAUUCUACCUGUUUGAUAUUGGAGAGAACACGAGCGAGUCCUUUCUAUUGAUAUAUAAUCUAUUACAAUUGGUUUACGUCUAGGAGGUUGUUUUAGACUACAGUACAUCAUUUCCAAAUCCAGUUCUCGCAUAGUGCAAGGAUGCGACUUCCACUUACAUUCAUUCUGUUUUUCAUUCUGUUUUUCAAGUUAAGUUGGGGUCUUCCAAUUGACACGGUCAUUCUGUUCCAGCGGUCGGGAGUGGUCGGCGAGAUGGAGACCGUCGAGCAGGUCUUGGUCAACGGAGCACCUCUCUCCAGCUGCGGGAAAUACGUCAGUGGCAUUCUCCGUGCUGUAUUGCUGGGCAACUACAGCGAGUCUUUUCAACAGGCGUUCGAGAUAGAAGAAAAUGUCACCAACACCAUGACAAAAAAUCCUACUUACCAGUACCUGCGUGUGCGUGAAUGCAAACUGAAUGGAUUUCGAGUGGUGCAUUUGACCGACCAGCUCCUUGUAAACGGGAAUGACUUCCUGACUCUGGACCAAUCCACAGACACCUGGACAGCUGAGGUACCACAGGCCCUCUCACUAAAACAGCUUUGGGACUGGGACACUGAGCGCACGAGGAGGGAGAGGAUGCAACUCCAUGAGAGCUGUACCGAACUGAUGGAGCUCACACAAUCCGAGCCCACCACCAAUGGAGGGAUGUCCCUGCUGACUGUCCUGGCUCCACUGUUUGCAGGCCUGGCCUUUGUUGCUGUGGUUAUUGCAAGCUUCCUCAUCUCUCAACAAGAUCCCAAAGUUUCCGGACACCCUGGAGGUGUACUUGGCUCCAUUGUCCACUACCCUCAGAAUGUCACAGAAACACCUCAGGCCCCUCAAUCAGGAAAAGAUAACCAGGUCCUCUAAAACUCAACCCACCUCCCCUCAUCCACCUCUGAUGACUCCUGUUCCUUUCUAUUCUAGUUAGAGACAGCUAGCGCUGUUCUGUGACGGGAGUAGUACACAGGCGUUGUACGUGAUCUUCAGUUUCUUGGCAAUUUCUCGCAUGGAAUAGCCUUCAUUUCUCAGAACAAGAAUAGACUGAUGAGUCAGAAGAAAGGUGUUUGUUUCUGGCCAUUUUGAGCCUGUAAUCGAACCCAAAAAUGCUGACGCUCCAGAUACUCAACUAGUCUAAAGAAUGCCCGUUCUAUUGCUUCUUUAAUCAGAACAACAGUUUUCGGCUGUGUUAACAUAAUUGCAAAAGGGUUUUCUAAUGAUAAAUUAGCCUUUUUAAAAUGAAAAACUUGUAUUAGCUAACACAGCGUGCCAUUGGAACACAGGAGUGAUGGUUGCUGAUAAUGGGCCUCUGUACCCCUAUGUAGAUAUACCAUUCAAAAUCAGCCAUUUCCAGCUCCAAUAGUCAUUUACAACAUUUAACAAUGUCUACACUGUGUCAAUUUUAUGUUAUUUUAAUGGACAAAAGAAAAAGCAAAUUUAUCAAAAACAAGGAUAUUUCUUAAGUGACACCAAACUUUUUUGAACAGUAGUGUAUGUACCCUGGUCCGUCCAACUCUCUGGUCCCCCUUUCUCCCUGGGCCUUCUUCCAACAGGCCCCAUUCCUAUAGACCCAGGAGGAUUGUAGCCUACCAAAUAUUUAGAAUAUCACAGGAACUGUGACAUUCCAAUUUGUAUAACUUACUCUGUUGUGUGUGUGUGAUUUGAACUCUUGAAGUAGUUCCUAGGUAACCACAAGAAAAGGAUAUGAAGACAGUUUUAUGCACUUUAUAAUUGUGUAUUUCCUCACCUUUGCUCACCUUUGUAUUUCCUCACGUAUCUACCGGUGCCUACGCUCUUCAGCCUUUGCUUUUCAGCUUAUGUCUAUACAGACAGAGUAACACUCUGUUCACGCGCGAUAGCUCAAAACUACUGUCACUGGAACUAGAUUUGUGUAGAGCUGUCAGUUGCAUUUAGUCAACAGCUAUCAAUACCUUUCCUUGUCCAAAAAAACAGAUGAAAAGUUUUCAAUUUGGUCCAUCUGUUUUGAAUAAACGUUGUUUUGAUCCAGUUACACAUUCUGGGUGCAAUACGGUAAUAUUGUGUACAGUGAGGAAAUAUGUUCACUUUGUGCCUUUUGUGUAUAUAAAGCUACUGUAUUAUAAUUUGAGGGAACAGAAUUUUAUAUUGAACCGGAGAUAUAUGAAUGAUUUUUAUCACUUGUUUAUUUACAUGUUUAUCACUUUACUUUGUAUAAAGAUGUUUGUCACUUUAUUAAAGAUAUUUAAAUGUU